AUAAUAUUUUAAAAAAUUAAAUUGUCAAUAUUUUUUCAAAUUUUUUAUCAAAAAAAUGUUCAAAAUAAAUUUCAAAAUUAAGAUAUUUAUGUAUUUUUAUAUGGCAUAUAGUUUAAUUUAAAAUGAUACAUAUAUUUAUAUAUCUUUUAUUUUUGAUACUUAUUAAAUGAGACUUUCAACUUAUAUUAUUUUUUAAUUAUUUGUAUCAUGUCAUAACAAAAGUUUUGAAUCAUAUAUCACAAAAUCUGAAUAUGAAAAUUUUAACAGUUUUUGUAAUUUAUACUCGUUUUUUAAAAAUUCAAAAUAUAAUAUAUAAAUAAUUUUUUUAGUUUUUAUUAUAUGGUUACUAUGAUUGUUUAAUUUAUUUUAACAGCUUAAAAUUAAACAAAUAUAAUUAUAAUACACACUUAUUUUUAUCAAAUUAUUAAUUAUCAUAUAUACUUUAGUCACAUUAGGCAAUUCCAUAAUCUUAUUUAAAGAAAUAAUGAAGCACAUUAAUAAUGCAUUUAUUGUGGUUUAGUAAAAAACUUAUUAUAUAUUUAGAUGAACCAACUUAUUUCUCUAAAUAUUUUAAGAAUCAUUCUAGUGAUAACACAUAGCUAAAAAAAAAUGUUGGAAUGCUUCUAAAUAAUAUACAUACGAUAGUAAAAUUUGUAAUCACUUUUAUCUGAGGAAACCCACUUUCAGACGUGCAGAGACAUCAUUACUAGUUGUCAAUAUCAAGUGCUUUAUGUCAACUUGUUAAUAAAAAGUUUUUUUUGGUCAGUUUGUUAAUGACAAGUUUUUUGUCAACUUGUUAAUUACAAGUUUAUAGAAAAAUGUGAAAUAUGUGGAAACUUUUACUAUAUAAACUCUCUCGUAGCGAUGAGAGUAAUUCACAACAAACAAAAUCUAAUCCAGAGUAAAGACACUAGACGCAAAAAAAUAUGGAAAACAAGUGUUGCGGUGACUGGAACUUCAGCGGCAGCCAUGCGGCCAGGGAAGCCUCAACUGCCCACCUAGGCUUUUACUCCUCUAAAAUCUUGGCUCAGUGCGAUUUUGAGAAGACCAUUUAUCCUCCUCUAGGUGAACCCGCUUUGGCUCACGAUGUGGCUGAAAAUGCGGUUGUUCAAGCCGUGAAGAAUGGCAGAGGAAACGCUUAUGCUCCUAGUAUAGGCCUUCCAGCGGCCAAAAAGGCCGUAGCAGAGUACCUAAACCGUGAUCUUCCAAAGAAACUGGCACCAGAAGAUGUGUUUAUGACCGUUGGGUGCAAACAAGCAAUCGAGCUCGCGGUUGACCUCUUGGCUAAACCAAAAGCCAACGUCCUGAUUCCGAGCCCUGGCUGGCCAUGGGAAGUAGCUCGAUCCAUCUACAAGAAACUUGAGAUCCGCAAAUAUACGUUCCACCCCGAAAAGAACUUUGAGAUCGACUUUGAAAGCGUCGGAAAGCAUGCGGAUGAGAACACGUUUGCAAUAUUUAUAAUCAAUCCUCACAAUCCCAAUGGGAACACCUACUCCAGAGAUCAUCUGGAGAAGCUUGCUAACUUGGCCAAGAAACUCAAAAUAAUGGUGGUUUCUGACGAAGUUUUUCGAUGGACUGUGUUUGGGAAUAAUCCCUUUGUUCCCAUGGCGACUUUCUCGGAUAUUGUACCUGUGAUGACACUUGGGUCCAUAUCGAAGGGAUGGUGUCUCCCCGGAUGGCGAACUGGCUGGCUCGCCCUGCACGACCUAGAUGGUGUCUUUAAAUGCACCGAGGUCGUGAGUGCUGCUAAAGAAUUUCUUGGGAUAACUUCUAAACCACCAACUGUUAUCCAGGCGGCUAUUCCUACCAUCUUGGACGAGACUCCUCAAAGUUUCUUCGAUACUAGGCAAAGCUUUCUGAGACACAAAGCGGAGUUGGCUUAUUCUAGGCUUGAUGACAUACCUUCCCUUAAAUGCGAUUUUAUACCUGAAGCAUGCACCUUCCUAUGGACCAAACUGAUUUUACACAAGUUUGUAGACAUUAAAGAUGAUGUAGACUUCUGUGAAAAGCUUGCUCGUGAAGAAAACCUUGUCGUUUUGCCAGGGAUUGCUUUUGGUGAUCUGAGUGGUUGGGUGAGGCAUUCUAUCGACAUGGAUACUCUUACUUUGGACAUAGCCUUUGAUAAAUUGACGGACUUCUGUGACCGCCAUACGAAUUUUUCAUUGGCAACGGCCAGUUCCACUACAGAUGGAGCUUAAUUCGCUCAUCAAAUAAAUGGAUCAAAUACGUAUCUUGGCCUAAGUCUUUUUUUUUUAAAAUAUAUAUAUGCUAAUAAAUGGCUGUUCUGUUGAUUUGAGAUAAAUCAUGAGCACUCUCCUAUUUUGUAACAAAUAAAGUUGGUGUACUUAUCACCAAUCGUGUGAUCGUUUCUUUUGGUAUUUCGACAUUUUGAUGUAUUUCUACUUUUUUAAAUGAAGUGAAGAAAUUGAAAUUUCUAUUCACUUCUAAAUAAUAUGGAUUUUGGUUUGAAAA